AUGAAGUGGGAACGUCCACUCACCUCCGGUAUCGGCCCGCGACCAACCGAUUCCCACACCGCCGUUCUGCUGGGUACGCGCAUGCUGGUGAUCGGAGGCUGGGACCACCGCGUGCCGUCAAACGACCUCUACUUUCUCGAUACCAACACGUUGGUGUGGUACAAGCCAUUUGCUUCCGGCGAGGCACCCGCUCCCCGAUGGUCACACGCGGUCACCCUCUCGUCCAAAAACAGACUAUAUUUAUUCGGUGGGUGGAAUGGCCGGUCGGACUUCGACACGCUCCACGUCCUGGUACGUGCCUCUUCUCGUAUCCGCCAGGGCGUGAGAUCAUUGGAUGACCCACACUCCCCUUUUGCAGACAUGUAG